AUGGCGACUGCCAUAAGGUUACGCCCUCAUGUUGGAAGCUCAUUUUCUCCGUUCAGAAAGAGUUGUAUUAAGAAAGAAAGAGAAGAACCAGCAGAUACAGUUAUCACACAAGUUGGUCACGUCCAUACUGCUACUCUCUACUGCAAGACAAACUCUCAAGAUAAUUCGACAAUCACUACUUGGUACAAAGAUGACGUCAACGUAGAAGAAGGAAGUUUACCUUUCUAUAACAUAACGAAAGAAAGUCUUGUGGUUCAAACUACGGAUAUCAAUGAUCCUGGAGCAAUUCUAGAAGGAUUGUAUUAUUGUGUGAUCAACAACGGGACGCCAACUGUUUCUGCUACAAGUCGCUCACCAACAAUCGCAGCUACAUCUCCAUCGAUGCCAAAGUCUACUGACUACGUGACUACAUCACAGUCAACUCCUCGAGCGUCAAGUACGUCAAUUAGUUCCUCAUAUGCAACAUCUCCUAGUGUGCAAUCUACUACUGGAACGAAGUCUCCUAGAGUUACUAGUACUCCAGCUACCGUCACACAAGUUAAUGCGUCAUCCGUGUCUCUAUCCAGUAGUUCUUCGACUCUCAACCUUCCUACCACUUCGACACCACGCACCAACUCGUCUUCUCAACGAUCAGAUCUUAUACCAACGACAUCAACCGUUUUGCCAACGUCUCAAACCGCAUCAUCUCCAUCUCAUCAUACAAACACUCCUUCCUUAUCAGGUAUGCCAUUGCUGAUUAUGCUCUAG